AGUCUGUCUGUUACAGUCUGACACAGACAGACGUGAGAAGCAGACGACAGACACGUCAUCACGAAAACAAAACCACAGGAUAUCUUGGGCAAAUUAUUGUCUUCACAUGAGACAAUCACAUGCUUUUAGAAACACAGUUACCUCCCAUCAUCUCUCAUAUAAAAACGUCAACAACGUUUUGGUACACAUAGUUCGCUUGUCUGUGUGGUAGAUCUACAUCGUCUGAUCUUCUUGUCUAAGUGACGUCUGCCAACUUGAACUUCGACUGGCAUCCAGUAAUCGAUUACUGCAAUGACACCUUUGGUUAUAUUUGUGUUGUUGUCAUGCCUUAACUUGGCUGAAGCACGUGUUGGUGCCCCGUGCACGACCGUGGCACAGUGUGGACGGGGUGAGUGCUGUCAGGUGCUCAGUGACGUCAUGAUCGCAAGCAGGAAGAGAGCGGCCGUUUUUAGGCCAGUGACAGUGGCCAAUAGGACAGGUACCUGCCAGAGGUAUAAGCGUGAAGGUGACAGGUGUAACAGCUUCGACGCCAUGAACGGCUACUGCAGCUGUGAGCCGGGCACCAGCUGCGUGUCCUACCAGCUGCCCAUCCUCACGGCUAGACUGGCUCCUAGCGCCCCCCUCCCCACGGCUAGACUGGCUCGCAGCGCCCCCGCCCCCAUGCCCGGCUACCGGUGGGCGUCGACCUGCAACCGGACCGUGGCGUGACAAGAUCGUGACGCCGACUCCAGAGUCAUCAGGUUGGCUAGAGAGUCAUGACGCCAACUCCAGUGGAACCUACAGUUUAGAGUUUAGAUAUAUCGUCCUGUUGCACUCCGUGUUUUUAACAUUACUUCGUGUAAGAGUGUUAAUCGUAAAAAAAUGUUAACCUUAAAAAUGUAAUCCUUAAAAAUGUUAGCCUCAAACAAAUGUUAGCCUUAAAAAGGUUAGCCUCUAACAAAUGUUAGCCUUAAAAAUGUUAGCCUCAAACAAAUGUUAGCCUUAAAAUGUUAUCCUUAAAAAUGUUAGCCUCAAACAAAUGUUAGCCUUAAAAAUGUUAUCCUUGAAAAUGUUAGCCUCAAACAAAUGUUAGCCUUAAAAAUGUAAUCCUUAAAAAUGUUAGCCUCUAACAAAUGUUAGCGUUAAAAAUUAGCUUUUUGUUUUUGGUGUUAGAGCCCACUCCA